AUGUUAGAGUGUCGAGGGUUGAUAUGGAAUUUGUGCAAACGGAACAUACAGGACUGGCUGUUGAGGAGAGAGAAGUUUCUUGCUCACGCAGGAGGAGGGAACGAUCCGAUCGCUAGGGAUGUCGAGACUGUUCACGGAUUCGUGGGGAAGCCCAGAAACGGAUCAUAUAUACUGCACCCGAGUCACUUAAGACUUCCUGGCAUCUCCGAGACUGCGUCUGUCUUCGCAGGAAUCGAAGUCACCAGAGAACCAAUUCCAGCCGUCCUUGUCAUUUAUGUUCCACCUCCUCUUAGUUUCUAA